CCGAAAUUCACCACGCUUGGCCGGGAGAUAAUAAUUGGCAGCAAUUGAACCUUCAUGUGUUCGCCGCAGAAAACUCUGCAACACUGGUUUGGAGAAGAAGCCAGCCCACUGCGGCAGAACCUGCUCGUACCCAAAGUCCCAGAUGUCGCAUGAAGCAGUGAGGACAUGGGAAUUUAAUCGAAUGGCUUUAGUGCUGUCUGCGUUGAUUAAUUGACCAACCGCUUUCAAAGUGACAGUCAUUUGCACUUGUCGUCGUCGUCGUCGUCGUUUGCCUCAAAGUGCCUCGUAGCUAAGCUCUAUGGCUGAGCCACUCAUUGUAUCCAAUGACAACGAGCAGGAAGGGGCCUAGUUGAUCUGUCCGUCCUACAGGAAUUAACGUCCAGAAACCUUGUGUGUUGGAGUGUUUUCGUCGCCAUGACCUAUCGUGACGAAGCAGGCUUCGUUGUGGAAGACGUCCUAAUCCCUCCUCCGUAUGUGUACUAUCAGUGCCAUUGUCAUCAACAAGCCCGUAUACCCAGCAAUACCCAAACUACCCCCACCGGCCAUGAUGAUGAGACCACUGAACCUCCUCGCACUGCAGACAUUCUGUCACUAUUUCCCAUAUCCCGAACAUACUACUGCGAUCACUGUCACCAACUACGAUGUCCUCUGUGUAUAUCGGAGGAAAUUGCCUGUUACUAUUGCCCGAACUGCUUGUUCGAGGUUCCAACCGCUUCUGUAAAGGCUGAAAAGAAUCGAUGUGGCCGUAAUUGCUUCGAAUGCCCUGAAUGUCAAAAUACAUUGACCGUGGUAUCAUUGGUAGAUCCUGCUGCCACUGGAACAGCGGAAACUGCCGCAGGAGGAACCGCACCCGCUACUGGAAAUACACAUUACUUGUCAUGCGGUGCUUGUCGAUGGGAUUCACUGGAGAUUGGACUCCAGUUUGAGCGACCCACGGGCCUUGCAACACAGUUGCAACCUGUUGAAGAAGGGCGAGCCGAUGUUCGCGAAUUUGAAAACCUACGACUGCACUUUGAAAAACUUUUGAAAGUGAAAGACAACGCAAACAAUCAGUUCGGGCUUCUUCGAGGUCGAGGCGCGGGUGGAGCGGGCCUGAAUCUUCCUUCGUCGCUACUGGCUUCGAUUCCGGGAUUGGCCUCACUGGCGUCUUUCGGGAACCGAUCGGCUGCAUCCAGCACGACCAGCCGCGAUGCACGACCCGAAAAUUACGUUCCUUUAACUGAGCCGCCGUUGAGCGAUGACACCGAACGAGUGCAAUUGGUACGAGAGGGUGCAAAGAAUGUUACCACAUUACGACAGAGAAUGAAUCAACCAAACGACAACCCGAUGCAGAAAAGCGCUCUUUAUCCGCAGCGAAUACAGCUGCGCACAAAGCGAUCUAAACGCUGUCGCAAAUGUGAGCAUAUUUUGGUGAAGCCUGAACAGAAAGCUCAAAGCACCCGAUUCAAAAUUAAACUCAUGGCAUCACACUUUAUUCCGACCAUCAGCAUUGUAAAUUCUCCCUUAUCCGAUUUAAAAUGGGAUACUCCCACCCGCAUUAUUAUGAAGUUUUCAAAUCCGUUGGAAAGAAGAAUCGCGAUUUCACUGGCUACCACGCAAAGCGCAAGCACGAGCAGCAGACAGGCCGGUGAUUCAUUUCAAGCGGAAAGCAAUUGUGAGGUAACCGUCGUGGCCCCAAAUUUUACAGUUGAUCCUGCGAAGGAGAUUUGGGAGUAUGAUGAAGAGGGGACGGAGCAACCCGAAAAGGACAGUCGUGGGGCAGCAUCCGCUGUUGGCAUUCAUGAAAGGGACAAGAACAUCACAAGUAUUCUUGUUCACGUCACACCGAGGAGAACUCGUGGUGUUGCCUCAAGCAGAAGCAGUAAUCAGGAGGUCAUCAGGUUCCCACUAUUGGUAACGGUUAAGCAGGCAGAUGAGGUGCCUGUAGAGUCGCAAGUCACGUCAGCCAACCCGGAGGAAUCAUCUGGUACGGGACAUAACAAAUUCGAGCCGUUAUCUUUCUGGGUUAUGGUUGGCUUGGGAAGGCUAGCGAGGUCCAAUGGCUGAUGUCUUGAAUAAGUAAAACCAUAUGCAGCACUGCGGCAUCUAUGAUGCGCGCUCUCUACCGCUAGCGCCUAUGCUACCGAGAACUAAUCGUCUAGAAGUCCUUCACGAUCGAAAUUGCUUAGAUACUCAUUUGCAUACUAUUUACGUCGUAGAUCUCCCCGGGAAACCUAAUCGAGAAAACGUAUUCACCAAUUGUUGACCAGGAGGCACAGGUCGUUCUGGUUUUCUCUGAGCGUUGUCCUGACGAAGAACUCUCAGGAUCGGUGUCACAUCCUUCCCUGCUGCACGCCAUUCCUUCAUUAACUGCAUCGCAUAGUUCUCGAACGCUUCAUCUUCCGUUUCUUGUUCUCUUCGCGCGGCAAGCUCGUCUUCAAGUAGUUCUGAACGCUCUUGUUUGCGACGCCGCUCGUUCAUUUCCUAUGCGGAAAGAUAUGCCCAGAUAAGGGUACUUGUGGACAUGAGUGUAAUUCACCUAUCAGAUCCGCUUACCAUUUGUUCUUUGUGUGCUUUCUUAAGAAUGUCUAAAUUCUUGUGUGCCGUUGCCUUUUCAGCUUUUCCCCCCUCUAUGAACUCCGUCGCCUCCCUCUCAAAUUUCUGCCUUAUAGCUAGUCCCUCUUC